GGACCAAUCCAUUUCACGAACAUAAUCUACGCGCAUUGACAUGGUUGAUAUCGCUACCCCAGAUUUUUUAUCACAUCUAAAAUCACUAUAUCCAGAGGGGCCGUCCUACAUACGCAAUCCGUGGUAUGCAGUUUCUGCAAUCGCGUUCAGUGCAAGCAAUCAACCAGAAGCCGUGCCUCUGGUUCUCCGAUAUGCUCUCAACGACCUGGAUUCUCUCCUUUCCCCUCAAGAGGAUCGCCUUUAUCUUGCUCGGAAGAUACGAGAUAUGGUCUUCAAAUCUGGAAUGAUUUCUGGGUUCCCCAAAGUUAUAAAUGCGCUUGGUGCUCUUCAUUCAGCAACUCCAGAAGAUUUGCGAGACGCGCAACCUCUGCGCGACACAUCUCUCUCCACUGAAGACAUUACACGUGCUGGGCAAGAGUUCUUCGACCAGACAUAUGGAGAGACAGCUUCGACAGUCCAGCCAUUCUUGCGUGCUAUCUACCCCGACCUAGAGUUCUAUGUCACUUCUUUCGCUUAUGGUUUUGGAUACGCCUUCAUGGAUGUAACAUCACCCAUGGAGACUUCAUUCGCAAUGAUCGCAGCACUCAUCGCCACGGACACCCCUCGCCAGAUCGAAUGGCACUUGGGCGGCGCUCUGCGGAACGGGGCAUCGGUUGCUGAGGUAAAGGCCGUCCGACAGAUUUCCAUCGAAAUUGCUCAAGCAUCGGGAAUUGUGUGGAAAGGGGACAUUCCGGACCUUUGAGGUGUUUGAGCAUAUUUUUAUUCACAAAAUGUACAAUAUUGCAUGCGGGUGAAUAUUGAUAUUCACACAAGACAGUAUGGUCGUACCCUGCAGGAUAGCCUAGAGGA